GUUACACCGAAGUGCAGCACCACCAAAACAGUGCAUAGAAGUCCCAAAUUAAGUCUAUUUUCUUCGUACUUGAGAAUAUCAGACUGUGCACGACCACAUACAAAGUUGCAUGCUGUUUCCAGAAGAAGAUAAACGCGUUUCACCUUGACAUUUUAGCUCAAGGCUGGAGCUGCUGCGAUGUGGAGCUAAUCCAUCAAACCAGGGCGAUAACGAGAAAAAGGCUCACGAAAACGCCCUAAGAAGGACUAUUUUGGACGAAAACAAGUAUGAGGACCCGUACAUUAUUGUCUGGAAUAAAAGUUUGGAAUCUUGGAAAAUCGACGUGGGUAAAUCGAGUUUCAAAUGGUGUGAAUGUGCGAGCAACGUCCUCUCUCUCCUCACAUGGGCCCCGGGUUUGUAUCGUGGGUAGCGGUCCAGCUGGUUUCUACACCGCCCAGCAUCUCAUCAAGGCCCAUCCGGAUGUUCACGUGGACAUUUACGAGCGGCUGCCGGUCCCGUUUGGCCUGGUCCGGUUUGGAGUGGCCCCAGACCAUCCAGAAGUAAAGAACGUCAUCAACACAUUCACACAGACAGCCAAACAGUCCCGAUGUAGCUUCUACGGCAACGUGAACGUGGGGCAAGGACGUUACAUGGAGGAGCUGAGGGAGGCCUAUCACGCUGUAGUACUGAGUUACGGAGCAGAAGGCAACAGGACUAUGGGAGUACCUGGAGAGCACCUGGCUGGAGUGUACUCAGCUAAGGACUUUGUCGGCUGGUACAACGGGGUUCCCAGGUGUCGACAGUGUCUGAAUCCAGACCUGAGCUGUCACACUGCAGUGAUUCUCGGACAGGGGAACGUAGCGCUGGACGUCGCACGGAUUUUACUAGCUCCUGUUCAAAUGUUAAAGAAAACUGACAUCACGGCCCCAGCCCUGGAGUCCCUGGCUGAGAGUCGAGUAAGACGAGUUCUGAUAGUGGGCAGGAGAGGACCGCUGCAGGUGGCUUGUACUAUAAAGGAACUCAGAGAAAUGGUGAACCUGCCUGGGACCAAACCUGAGAUGGUGGCAGCUGAUUUUGAUGGUAUCGCUGAAGCACUUAAAGAUGUGGCACGGCCAAGGAAGCGUCUGACUGAGCUGCUGCUGAAGACGGCCCUGGAGCCCCCCGGGGAGAAGGAGCAGCAGAGGAGGAACACGGCCGACAGGAGCUGGGGCUUCCUCUUCUACAGGAGUCCUCUGGAAGUGCUGCCUGACCCCAGUGGAACCAGAACUGCUGCUCUCAGGCUGGCAGUCAACAGGCUGGAGGGCUCCGGAGAGGCGGCCCGUGCGGUGCUGACUGGAGAGGAGGAGGUGAUGCCCUGUGGACUGGUCAUUAGCAGUAUUGGGUAUAAGAGUCUGCCCAUAGACCCAGCUGUGCCCUUUGACCCCAGCAAGGCUAUAGUCCCUAACCACAUGGGCCGGGUAACGCAGGCUGCAGGCCUGUAUGUGAGCGGCUGGCUGAAGACUGGUCCCACUGGGGUGAUAGCCACCACCAUGAACAGCAGUUUUGACACAGCCCGCUCCGUGCUCGAGGAUAUGGGCUCUGGAGCGCUGGACGUAUCCACACACAAGCCUGGCUCCAACUGUAUCCGAGCACUGUUGGACCAGCGAGGGAUAAAACCAGUGACAUUCUCUGACUGGGAGAAGAUUGAUCAGGUGGAGAGCCAAAGGGGAGAGGCUGUGGGGAAGCCCCGAGAGAAGCUCCUGACUGUGGAGGAGAUGCUGGAGGUGACACAGACAUAAAUACUACUACACACACGGAUUAGGGCUAAUACUUCUACAUGCUGCUUAUGUAAGAAUGGUUACUAAAGUAUAUGACUGACAAUGGUACUUGUGUUUAACAGCUACUCUACCUAGCUUUAUUUUUAUAUGGGAUCAUAAAAUUAAUAUACAACGGUGAAAAAAAAUAACU